CUCCCAAUAAUACCCUCGCGAUCCAACCGCCGACAAACGCCGAGGCCCCGUUCUUGUUGUCACUCGCCGUGUCAUCCGCCGACUCAUUGUCGUCCGAGCUCGGCCCCGGCGAUUCUGCCGCCGGCUUUUUUCGCUCUGUCGGCGCUCUUCUUCUUCUUUCCCUUUGACCCUUUGGGCGCUGGAGCUUCCUCCGCCACCGCCUUGAAAAGCUUUCUCGGCUGCAAAGCUAUGUCCGUGAUCCGUCUCUCGUUGACCAAGAAUGUUGCGUUCAACAUUCUGAAGGAGAAGACAGCGAAGGAAAUUAUGGAUGCACUGUCUAACAUGUAUGAGAAGCCAUCUGCAGCGAACAAAGUUUUUCUGAUAAGAGAGCUGGUGAACACAAGGAUGAAAAAAGGCACUUCUGUUACCGAGCAUAUGAAUAAGCUGAAUUCGAUCUUAGCCAGACUAUUAUUGUCAGUGGGCAUUAAGUUCGAUGAUGAAGUUCAAGCUUUGCUACUGCUAUCGUCUUUGCCUGAUAGUUGGUCCGGAAAGGUUACAACGGUUACCGGUUCAGUGGGACCUGAUGGAUUCACCUUUGAUCAGAUUCGAGAUCUUGCUCUUGGCGAGGAUGUCAGAAGAAAGAGUUCAGGUGAGUCAUCUGGUGAAUUGCUUCAUGUUGGUAGAGGCAGAAGGAAUAGCAGAGGUAGUGGGAGCAGGAACAGACAAAGGAGUCAGUCGAAGACUCGGGAUAACUCAGGUGUAACGUGCUUGAAGUGCAAGGAGGUCAUGGAUUCUGGUGCUUCAUUUCAUGCUACCCACAGCGGUGAAGCAUGGCAGAAUCUGGUUAUUGGAGACUUUGGAAAGGAUGUCAGAGUGGUUCCAGGUUUGAAGAAAAAGUUUGAUUUCUGUCAGGCAAUUGGACGAACAAGGACACGAGGUGAAGUUCAGAGACAGGCAGUGGAAGGUCGUGAAGAGAAAGGAAAGAAGAGUGGGUCGCUGUACAUGGUCGGGUUACCGUCUGAGGGACUGACUGUCCCAGUUCAGAAGAAAAACAAAGUCCGGUUCACAGAGUCUCGUGGGCAUAAGAAGGGCGUUACAGGGCCAGUGAGAGGUAUUUGUGGCAGUGGGAGCUCAAGAGGCGCUUCAGCCAAGUUGCCUAGAAGACAGUGGGUCAGGAGAACUAGCAUUCCAGCUGUUGGAACAUCUCCAGAAAAUUUCUUGCUGAGUACGGAGAGUGUUUGUUCUCAGCAUGUUUCAGGAUCCGGUAGUGUGCAUCAGCAGUGGGAGUCGGUAGGGACCGGAGACAAGUCAAUGGCAGAUUUAGUCGUGACUGAUAGGUUGGAGCUUAAGAGAGCUUCAACGGGCCUUUCAGUUGUCUGAUGAUAGGGUCGCUGCAACAGGAGAGCUGAAGAAGAUUACUCGAUAUACAAGGAAUCGUGGUGGAUGGCAGUUGAUGACUAUCAAGCCUCCAAGUGGGAGAAUGUUGGGUUUGUAGAGGCUUGGGCUUGACUUUUGGCCCGGCCCAUGUUACGAAACCCUAGAUGCACUCUUCCUAUAUAUAUUGCAUACUUGUACUUGUAAUC